AUGGCCGAGACCCUCGCUCCAUAUGCUGUUGCAUGCUCUCGCGGGCGUUCUGGAUGCCAGCGCUGCAAAGAUGAAGCCAUUGCUUGCACCUAUUCGCGAUCGGGAGUAAUUCGUCGCAACAGGAAGCGGAAACAUCACACCGCUGUUGCUGAUCAGCCUUCUCCGGCGAUAGUCCCUCCCCAUCAUGCCUCUGAAGCGGCUACCAGUAGUCUGCAGUCCAACCUCGCGACUGACAUAGAAGUAACUCGAGAGCGGCUGCGCGGACUCGAUACGUCGCCACACGACUCUCUGGGUGCGCUGUCAUCUUUGGCUGAAGCCUGUGCGGCCGUCUGGCAUGACGCUUGGGAGCUUGAUAAGACUUGUCACAAGUUUUUCUUGUUCGAAGAUCGGGCGAUCUCCUGGGUCAAUGCAUUCGUCGCCGGUUUGAAACGAGGUCGUCCCUUGUUUAGCUCUGUGCCUCCAGAAGUGCUGGAUCACUUGAGAGCAUCUCGUCCGCAACAAGUGCAGGAUCGAGCUUGGCUGGUCAUGUAUUAUGGCAUCAUUCUCCGUAUCGUUUCCUCCACUGAUCCCGGGGACGAAUCCACAAAAGAAAAGCUUCGAUGCAAUCUCUGGCUCGCGCUCAACGACGCGAGACUCCUCCUCGAGCCCAGCGAACCCAAUAUCCAGGCUUUGAUUGUGCUCGCUGUCGAUGUCGAGGAGUUCACCAAACCAUCGCUUUGUUGGAUGUUAGUCACAACCGCCUGUAGGAUGCUGCAGGCAUUGGGAGUGAGCCACCGCCGUUUCGACUCUCGGACCCAGGAGCGGCGUGUUAUCAUGUUUUGGCACCUGAAUCUCGUGGACAUAGGACUGGCUCUCAUCUUUGGUAGACCUCCCACUUUCCACCGCGGAAUGGCGAGAGAGAUUCCUGUGCCCACGCUAGACCGGCUCUUACCUUUUCAGCCUCAUCUUACCUCCGCCGGCGCACCGGCGUUAUUCGGAGCGCAUUACAUCCACCAAAUGUUUCUGCUAUCGCGUGUAAUGGCCGAUAUCUGGAGUUGCCUUCACGAGGAAACAACACCUAAUGAUCGCAGUAUCGAAUCAACUAGCGAGAAUCUUGAGUCCUGGUAUCGCCAGGCACAACGGGUUCUCGAGGCUGCGGCGCUGGCGGAGAAACCUUUCCUUGACGCUAACAGUGCGGCUUCUAUUGACCUGGGUCUAUGCAGUGUAAGUUUCCAGUAUGAGUAUCUUUUCAUCCUCCUCGCUCGAUCGUCCACUCGGAUGAGGGUGCAGUGUAUCGAAUCAUCCAAACGGAUGCUGCGCUUGCUCGAAAACAUGGUCUCAGACUCCGAGGAACCCUAUGGCGGCAUCGUAUGGCAACUUUUGUGCGGUCCCUUCACCCCAUUCUUAGACCUGUUCGGUGAGCUCCUUUCGAAUGGGAAGGGCGAGUCAAAGGAAAACAAGGAAGCUCUCGCCGCUAUGGAACAACUCCCAGUCUUUCUGAAUAAGAUGAGUUCGCGGAAUUCGCUUGCGGCAAAGCUAGGGCGUAUCGCUGUGGUUUUAGUGCAUCACGCCAGAUCUGUGAUUCGCCCUCAAGGACGUCGUACUGGCGACGAAGCGCCCGGCUCAACCCCAAAGGGAGCCUUACCUGAUCACUGGCCAUCAACCCCAAGCAUGUUGAAUUGGGACUCAUUCUUCAACCAUGCCAUUGCGGCGCCUGUACCAGGUCAGCCACAGGUCGAGAAUUACGAUGCUGAGCCGAGUGACUUGACGACAUGGACGAAUGACUUCUUCGGGAACGCUUUUGUGGACUGGGUUGGAUGGGACGAUCCGGUCUGA